AUGAAAAGCUAUAUCAACCUGGCGAUCAUCGCCGUUCUGUUCGCCUCGCUGUAUGGGCCAGUGACUCGCGAGCUCAAAGUGCUAGGGGCGUUUCGCUCCGCCAGCGAGACGACCAGCUCCCAGAGCAACCCUGUCCACCCAAUUGCUGAUACCAUUCACUGUGAGGACCUGCAUUACUACCAACCGGCCGGUCAACUCUUCACAGCCUGCGAGGACUCCAUCGUGCCCCGGUUCCGGUGGUUUCCACCCUUGCUCAACUUUGAUGGGCCUGCGGACACAAAGGGAUCUAUUCAUGUGAUUGAUCCGCAGACACUGAAGUCCACCCGUCUCAUAUUUGAGAACUUUUCCGGCCCCUUCAUCACCCACGGCAUCGACGUCACCGAGGAUCCGGAGCGCGCAGACGCCGUCUACAUCUUCGCCGUUAACCAUCUCGCCAACCCCGACUAUCACCCCGGCCUCAAGGACAUCCCCAGGGCCCGCUCGCAGGUCGAGCUCUUCCACCAUGUCCUGCAUUCCGGCACCGUCCGGCAUGUCCGCUCAAUCCGUCAUCCACUCAUAAUUACCCCCAACGACAUCUACGCUGAAAGUCCUCAUUCCUUCUACGUCACCAACGACCACCGCUACCGCGACGGGGCUCUCCGCACGGUCGAGAACAUACUCCCCGCCGCCAAAUGGUCCACCGUCAUCCACGUCCAGCUCGACAGUCUCGCCGCGGUCCCGGCUGACACGGAACGCAAGGCAACCGUGGCCUUCGAGCAUAUUUGGAACGCCAACGGUCUCGGACACGGCUCGUCGCGCGAGGAAGUGCUUCUCACCAGCGCUGCGGGCGGCUACAUGUGGCGUAUGCGGCCGCAGGAUGACCACACGCUGUCGGUUGUGGAUGAGUUCGCCUUUGAUAGCACUAUUGACAACCCCACUUACUACCAGGACCCGUACGCAACGGCCACAGACGAUGCCAGCGGAUAUGUGCAGGGUGGACUGCUUCGCGGCGUGGACCUGGAGAAGACGCGCACGGAUCCCAAUGGCAAGGACGGGGUGAUGGUGUGGUAUACGCGGCGCAAGGCUGAUACUACUCCCGCGGAAUGGGAGACGCGGCUGCUUUUUGAGGAUGACGGAUCACGCAUCCGGAGUGCCAGCGCGGCGCUGCUGGUACCGUUGCCAGAUGAGCAGCAGCAGCAGAAGAAGGCGAGAUUGUUUGUGACGGGAUUCGUCUCAGAGAGUAUGAUUGCGGUGGAUGUGGCGUUGUAA